UUAACGUUGUUGCAUUCCCUUGACUAGAGUAGAACACUCGACCUUUGGUUAAGCUGAAAGAGACUCGAACCAUCUCAUCCAAGUGCUAUUAAUUUUUAUUUUUCCCCCCAUUUUACAUAAAUUGAAAUACCAAUUAUAUCAAUCUUAUCAUCCUAUCUCUUCUUGUAUUUUAUUGUACCUACAAAAGGCUUAUCAUUCCCCCACUUUCAUUCACACCAAUUGUUACAAAGUUUCCCUCUAGUCUUAUUUUCUACUUCUUGAAAUUAUCAAGAACAAAGGAAGUUAUUGAUAAUGAGAGAAAUCCUUCAUGUACAAGGGGGUCAAUGUGGAAAUCAAAUCGGAGGAAAGUUUUGGGAGGUUAUGUGUGAUGAACAUGGGAUAGAUCCUUCAGGAAGUUAUGUAGGAAACUCUCACCUUCAACUUGAGAGGGUGAAUGUAUACUACAAUGAAGCAACUGGUGGGAGAUAUGUUCCUAGAGCUGUGUUAAUGGACCUUGAACCAGGUACUAUGGACAGUUUGCGUUCUGGUCCAUUUGGAAAAAUAUUUAGGCCUGAUAACUUUGUGUUUGGACAAAAUGGAGCUGGAAAUAAUUGGGCUAAAGGACAUUAUACAGAAGGAGCUGAACUUAUUGAUUCUGUUCUUGAUGUUGUUCGUAAAGAAGCUGAGAAUUGCGACUGCUUGCAAGGUUUUCAAAUUUGUCAUUCACUGGGAGGUGGAACUGGAUCAGGAAUGGGUACCUUGCUCAUCUCAAAGAUCAGAGAAGAGUAUCCAGAUAGGAUGAUGUUGACUUUCUCAGUGUUCCCUUCCCCAAAGGUCUCUGAUACAGUUGUUGAACCCUACAAUGCAACUCUCUCUGUUCAUCAACUAGUUGAGAAUGCAGAUGAAUGCAUGGUUCUUGAUAAUGAGGCACUCUAUGAUAUCUGCUUCAGAACACUCAAACUCACUAAUCCAAGUUUUGGUGAUUUGAACCAUUUGAUAUCAACAACAAUGAGUGGAGUAACAUGUUGCCUCCGAUUUCCCGGCCAACUCAACUCCGAUCUUAGAAAACUAGCAGUUAAUCUCAUCCCUUUCCCACGUUUACACUUUUUCAUGGUUGGUUUUGCACCCUUAACAUCAAGAGGUUCUCAACAAUACAGUUCCCUCACAAUUCCAGAACUCACACAACAAAUGUGGGAUGCAAGAAACAUGAUGUGCGCUGCUGAUCCUCGACACGGUAGAUACCUAACAGCCUCGGCAAUGUUCCGUGGCAAAAUGAGCACAAAAGAAGUUGAUCAACAGAUGAUAAAUGUACAGAACAAGAACUCGUCUUACUUUGUCGAAUGGAUACCGAACAAUGUGAAAUCAAGUGUUUGUGAUAUUCCACCAGUAGGGUUGCCGAUGUCUUCGACAUUUAUGGGGAAUUCAACUUCUAUUCAAGAAAUGUUUCGGCGUGUUUCGGAGCAGUUUACAGUUAUGUUUAAGAGAAAGGCAUUUUUGCAUUGGUAUACUGCUGAAGGUAUGGAUGAAAUGGAGUUUACUGAGGCUGAGAGUAAUAUGAAUGAUUUGGUUGCUGAAUAUCAACAAUAUCAAGAUGCAGCUGCAAUGGAAGAUGGUGAGAUUGAUGAAGAUGAUGAAGAAGAAAUUGCUUAGCUGCAAUGACUUUGAUACAACAUCAAGGUCCUUUGUGUGUUACACAUAUACUCUUUCGCUACCUUUUAUAAGAGACGUAUAAAUUAACAAAAGUUGACGUAUAUGAUUUAUAUAUAGAUCAAAUAUAUCGGUUUUUGUUGAUCUACACGUUUCUUAUAGAAACGACCGAAGGAAAUAUUUGGUAAUUACAUCGAAAAAAGAAAGGGAAAUGAUGGAUUCUAUAUUAAAUAUUAUGAGUUGGCUUGCAAAUUUAUAAAGUACAUAAGAUUUGUGGCUAUGAAAUUCACAUGGGAGUAUUGUGUUUAUUAUGAAUUGGUUGUUUGUUUUUCAUUUUGGGGCUAUGUAUAGUGUUUAGUUGUGGGGUUUGUGAAUGUACACCAUGGAUUUUGUUUGGUUUCUACUCUUCAUCUUUUGUUUACAUUAUUAAAUAAAUGUUAAUAAUUGAUAUGAUCAAAUUGUAUAGUCGGUGGAGUAUGUAUAAUAAUUUUUAUUUUUGUCCCUAUAAAAAUAUAAUUGUUGUCUCUAUAA